AUGUCGUCCUCGGUAGCAACGUUCCUGGCGCCUGGCCGCGACCUGGGCCUGGAGCCUUUUUGCGCCGCGGGGCCCUUGCAACAACGGUUUUCGCCCUACGCCUUCAACGGAGGCACCGUACUGGCAAUUGCUGGAGAAGACUUUUCAAUUGUUGCUUCUGAUACUCGAUUGAGUGAAGGGUUCUCUAUCCACACUCGGGACAGCCCCAAAUGUUACAAACUAACAGACAAAACAGUCAUCGGAUGCAGCGGUUUCCAUGGCGAUUGUCUCACACUCACUAAGAUCAUUGAAGCAAGACUAAAGAUGUAUAAGCACUCCAACAACAAGGCCAUGACGACUGGGGCCAUCGCCGCCAUGCUGUCCACCAUCCUGUACUCACGGCGCUUCUUCCCCUACUACGUCUACAACAUUAUCGGGGGGCUUGACGAGGAAGGGAAGGGGGCUGUGUACAGCUUUGAUCCGGUGGGGUCCUACCAGAGAGACUCCUUCAAGGCUGGGGGCUCAGCCAGUGCCAUGCUGCAGCCGCUGCUCGACAAUCAGGUUGGAUUUAAGAACAUGCAGAAUGUGGAGCAUGUCCCGCUGUCUCUGGACAGGGCCCUGCGCCUGGUGCGAGAUGUCUUCAUCUCUGCUGCUGAGCGAGAUGUUUACACUGGGGACGCGCUGCGGAUCUGCAUCGUCACCCGGGAGGGUAUCCGAGAGGAGACGAUGCCCUUGCGGAGGGACUGA